UUCCAGUUACCUUUCAAAUUCCCAACACCCAAAUAUGACCAAAAUCAUCUCUUUAUUCAUACUUGAAGCUGUAUUUUGCUUCACAUUUUUCACUGUAAGCUACUCAGACAUCAACCUAAUUCAAACCACUUGCAAAAAGACUCCAUUUUACGAUCUCUGCGUCUUGACUUUGAAAUCCGACCCCCGGAGUUCGACCGCGGAUGUGUCGGGGCUUGCUCGGAUUGUGGCUGACAGUGUCAAAGCUAAAGCCAUUGCCACAUUGAAUCAGAUUUCAGCAUUGCUUAAAAGUGUCAAAGACCCCACCUUGGAAAAGGCCUUGGAAGGUUGCAUUGUUUCAUAUAACACCAUUAUCCAGGCUGAUAUCCCAGUAGCAAUUGAUGCAAUUGAGAAAAACAACCCCAAAUUUGCUGUUCAGAGUGCAACUGAUGCUGGAAAUGAAGCUCAGGCAUGUGAAAACAGCUUUGCAGAAAAGCCAUCCAAUUCUCCAAUCUUUAGUGGAAACAAAGCUGUGCAUGAUCUUUCUGUUGUUCUUCAAUCCAUUGCCUCAUUGUUACUAUAGGCUGAUGUUAAGUCAGUUCUCUUUGCUAUUAAAUGAUGAUAAAUAAAUUAAAACAAAAUGAGAUAUUUAUGAAUUAUCUGAUGAUUUUUCAUGUUUGUUGACAUCGAUGAAGUAUGCCAUUACAAAAUCGGUG